AUGCCGAAACAAAACCCAGACACCGUCCAAGCCGAUGCGCGGCGCUUCCUCGACGAGCGCGGCUCCUCGGCGGCCCUCGCCCCCAACGGCCUCAACCCCGCCACCAUUAUGGAAAAGGCCGUCAAGGACCGCAUCGUCGACUCCUACUUCUACAAGGAGCAAUGCUUCGCCCUCAACGAGGCCGACAUUGUCGACCGCGUCGUCGAGCACGUCACCUUCAUCGGCGGCACCCACGGCGCGUCCCAGAAGCCCAGCCCGUUCCUCUGCCUCGCCUUCAAGCUCCUCGAGCUGGCGCCCAGCGAUGCGAUCCUACAAGAGUACCUCUCGUACGGCGGGGAGCACUUCAAGUACCUGCGCGCGCUGGCCUGCUUUUACGUGCGGCUGACGAGGCAGGCCAAGGACGUGUACCUGACGCUGGAGCCGUUUCUGGAGGACAGGAGAAAGUUGAGACGGAAGGCGAGGACGGGGACGACGUUGACGUUUGUGGAUGAGUUUGUGGAUGACUUGCUUACCAAGGAUAGGGUGUGCGCGACGAGCUUGUGGAAGAUGCCAAAGAGGGAGACGUUGGAGGAUUUGGAGAUUUUGGAGCCGAGGGUUAGUCCGCUGGGAGACUUGGAGGAUUUGUUGGAGGAGGAGGAGGAGGAAGAGAAGGAGGGGAAGGAGAAUGGAGACGACCGAGACGAAGCAAACGGCGAGAGGGAAGAGUCUGGCGAGGUUUCGGAUAGGGGAGAGAUGGAGGUUGAUCGAGACGAAGGGCGAAGAAAUCGAAGCAGAUCGCCUUGA